UGAAAGGGCUUCUGAAAAAGGGUGUUGGAGCCCUUGGAGAAUGUCUGAUAGGGCAAGACGGUGUAGUUAACGUUGAGCUGUGGGUUAGUUCCCAUCUGAAGUACCUGGAUGUGCUGCACCACACCAGGCACAAGCUGAGGUGGCACAGCUUCCAGAGCUCCCACCGGCCCAGCCUCAGCUCAGCAUCCCUGCAGAUCAACUGCCAGUCCGUGACACAGAUGAACCUGCUGCAGAAGUACUCUCUCCUGAAGCUGACUGCUCUCCUGGAGAAGUACACACCUUCCAACAAGCAUGGUUUCAGCUGGGCAGUACCAAAAUUCAUGAAGAGGAUAAAGGUGCCAGAUUAUAAAGACCGAAAUGUGUUUGGAGUACCCCUGCAAGUCAACGUCCAGCGCACAGGGCAGCCUCUUCCCCAGAGCAUUCAGCAAGCCAUGCGGUACCUCCGCAACCACUGCCUGGAUCAGGUUGGACUGUUUAGGAAAUCUGGAGUCAAAUCAAGAAUUCAGGCUUUGCGUCAAAUGAAUGAGAAUGCAACAGACGCCGUCAACUACGAAGGCCAGUCUGCUUAUGAUGUAGCAGACAUGUUGAAACAGUACUUCCGUGAUCUCCCUGAGCCUCUCAUGACCAACAAACUCUCUGAGACCUUCUUACAGAUAUACCAAUAUGUGCCAAAGGAUCAGCGUCUCCAGGCUAUCAAGGCUGCCAUUAUGCUUUUACCCGAUGAGAACAGGGAGGUCCUCCAGAUUCUUCUCUAUUUCCUGAGUGAUGUCACAGCUGCAGUGAAGGAAAACCAGAUGACACCGACAAACCUGGCCGUCUGCUUAGCACCUUCCCUCUUCCACUUAAACACUCUCAAAAGAGAAAAUUCUUCCCCGAGGGUGAUGCAAAGAAAACCAAGCCUGGGAAAACCUGAUCAGAAAGACCUGAAUGAAAAUCUGGCUGCAACCCAAGGGCUAGCUCACAUGAUCGCUGAAUGCAAGAAGCUCUUUCAGAUACCUGAAGAAAUGAGCAGGGGCCGGAACUCAUACACGGAGCAGGACCUGCGUCCCCUCAGCCUGGAGGAACUGCGGGGUGGCAGCAGCACCGCUGAGCCCUCCGACUACCACUGCUACCUCCAGGACUGCGUGGACGACUUGCUCAAGGAGAUGAAGGAGAAGUUUAAAGGCUGGGUCAGCUGCUCCACCUCAGAGCAAGCAGAACUGGCCUACAAGAAGGUAUGUGAAGGUCCCCCGCUCCGGUUAUGGAAAACUACCAUAGAAAUCCCAGCUACACCAGAGGACGUUUUAAAUCGUUUACUUAAAGAGCAGCAUCUUUGGGAUGAAGAUCUUAUAGAUUCAAAAGUAAUUGAACCUUUGGAUAGCCAGACAGAUAUAUACCAGUAUGUCCAGAACAGCAUGGCACCUCACCCAGCCAGGGACUUCGUAGUCUUAAGAACAUGGAGGACAAACUUCCCCAAAGGAGCUUGUGUGCUUUUAGCAACGUCAGUGGACCAUGACUGUGCUCCAGUGGCAGGCGUUAGAGUCAAUGUGCUCCUGUCUAGGUAUCUGAUUGAGCCCUGCGGGUCAGGAAAAUCUAAACUCACCUACAUGUGCAGAAUUGACUUAAGGGGCCACAUGCCAGACUGGUACACCAAGUCUUUCGGACACUUGUGUGCAUCUGAAGUUGUUAAGAUACGAGACUCAUUCAGUCAUCAGAGUCCUGAGAGCAAGGAAGUAAAGUCCAGGUGACUACUGAAGAGGAACAGCCAUGCACUCCACCCAUCAGCAACGUAGACAUUACCCAAAACUGAGGCUCAUCUGCUGCAGACUGGACUGGUAUACCAUCUGCAAGUCAUGUCAUGAAAGGAUGACAGCAUGAGAACUUGACUGUGAGCAUUACUAUAGGACUGUGGCCAUACCAUACACUUUAAAGCUGCUUCCUGUCUGUGUAAGGUCUAUAGUGUAGGCCUUGACUGGAAUAUAUAGGAGGACUCUGCAAAAA